GGAGGAGCGGCGCCGGCAAGCGGGAAGCGGCCCAUGGGGUUCCCAUCUGUGGCUGCGCUUUGUGUCAGCGGCGGUACCGGUACCGGCAGUGUUUGUUACCUGGAUGGGAAGAGGAUACACAUGCAUGCACUGAGGAACAGGGUGUGCAGACUGUGGAGCCUGCAGAAAGGAAAGGGCCUGGCUAUCUGUGAUGUCUCCUACCUCUGAGAACAAGUAUCAUUACCUCUGUCCUACAGGAAAUUAUGGAUGUGAUUUCUGUGACCGUGCCUUGAUACCUAUUUGAUGAGAGAGCAUCAGGUGUUGAAAAAAGUAAGUUGCUUAAAGAUGGAUGCUCCCACAGAAGUUCAGCCUACAGGAGAGUUCAAAUGUCAGCUAUGUGACUUAACAGUUCCGUAUACUUACUAUGGGCAGAAGCCACCAAACACACACUCUAUUGUGCUUUUGGAAGAAUGCUAUGUCAUGAAGGAUCCUUUCACCCCUGACAAGGACAAAUUCCUCAUCCUUGGGUCUCAUUGCAGCUUGUGUAGGAGACCAGUGUGUGUUGGUACAGAAUGCAGUCUGUUCUACACCAAAAGGUUCUGCCUACCCUGUGUGAAUAAGAACCUAAAGUCCUUUCCUUUGGAAAUACAAGAAGAUAUGGAUAAAAGGAAGGCCCAAUCAAAAUCCACCCCCGGUAAAAAGAAGGAUACAAAAACAUAAAUACUGAAGGACCGAGAGAGACAGUUCUUUGGCUGGGGUUUCUCCUCCCCCCUUUUGGAGAGUAUCAUGUUGCUCCUUUUAAAGAAGUGACCUUCAUCAGCUCACUACUACAGAACACAGUAACACAUUUCCUUACAAUUGGCUUAGCUUCAAACAUCAUCAGCAGCGAUUGCAGUGCCAGCAGAACGGCCUGAAGGUGUUGAAGAGCCAGGAAGGCAGACAGACAAGCCAGUUCUCACCACCUAAAAUCCACCUGCUGUAUAGCAUAGGAGUCAUGUCCACAUUUUCACAUUUGUUAUUUUAAUGUUUAAUUUAAUUUAAAAUUUAAUUUCUUGACACUCCUACAACACUAUGAAAAUUCAAGAUAAAUUUAUCUGUCUUAAUUCAGUAUACAUCUAAGAAAGUCAGCAAGCAUAAAUUGUUAACCUAACAGUGCUGUUAAGAUUAUAGUAGGCAAGGAAUUCAAGAAUUUAUGUUUAAGUCUAGAAUGCAUCUGUUAUGAGAAAAUGUCACAGAUAUCCAUAGAAACAUCUAGGUUCUUCUUACAGCAUUAAGGCUUCUGAAGCUAGGUGCUCUUAGAAUAAGUACCAGUAUAAUUUUUCAAAAUAUUAAAAGCUUACUAAAAAAUACUGCAAGUCACUUGCACUUGCAGUCAGUCUACACUCAAUCUUCCAGGCUGUGUCAAUACAGAAAUAGAAAAAAAACCCUUAAUAUUUCUAGCUUACGCUUCACAAGUAAAGAUGACUUUGUUUUCAUUUUCACAUCAGUUAAUCUGGAAAUGGAAAAGUUCUGUUAAAAAACUCAAAUCUUUCCAGAGCUGGACAGUUAAACUGCAGCCAGAAUAGAGGUUUCAAGAGCAUAGUUUCAGUUAGAAAAGGGUAAAAAAAUUGUUAGAGAAACAGCAGGUUUUUUAGCUCAAAAAUUAGCUUCACAGUUGUCUACGUUGACUUUGUUUUAAUUACAAGAAGGAUUUAGGUGGCAUUUAUAAGAAAACACAUAAUCACACACCUUAAGGAUAUAUCUAGAAUUCUCCCUAAUCAGAUCACAUUAUUUACUCAAGUUUUGGUUGGUCACUGGAUCAGAACAUGUGGAUGCCUUGGUUAACAUCUCUCAGCUCUUCUAUCUGUGUCAUAUGUCAGCAUAUAAGCUUUAUCAUUUUAAUAAAAUGAAACAUGUUUA